AUGACGAAACGACGUGCCGAGAACAUCCCCGGCGAGGUGUGGGAGGAACAUAGGGGGAAAAUUGUGUCUUUCUAUCAAAGCUCAACUCUAGAGGGUGUAAUACAAAUGAUGAGUCAAAGACAUGGAUUUAAUGCAAGCAAAAGCCAAUAUACCAGAAAGUUCAAGGAAUGGGGGAAAGCAACCAAUGUUAUCCUGCAUGGAAAUCCCAUUUCGCAGGAUAAACUUGAGAAGGAAAUUGCGAGAUAUGUCAGCUUCACAGAUAGGAUCUUCUCCACAAAAGAUGAUGAUGAUACGUCAAUUCCUGAUUGCUUUGCAAUCCUUACUCCUCCAGCAACCAUGGUGUUUCCGUUACACAAUCGUGUUAUCCUAAUUCCAAGUUCGAUAUUUCCCACUACUUCAGGUCUCGACAGCACGACUCUAAAUCUCGAGAGCCUGUUUGAGCUACUUGCAGACUUUGGGUUAUCAUGGUCGAACUCUACGCUCAUAGAACUUGGAGUUCCAGCCUCCCUUGGAAUGUUGUUGCAAAAUGUGACCAGAGGAUAUCGUGGUACAUCAUUGGAGUCAAUUUAUAAGACUUACAUGGCGGGGGACAACCAAGUAGAGUUGUGUACGGCACUGGACCAGAGUACUCACUCGAAUCCCACGGUAUACCAGCUCUUUAGCAUGUUCAUAUUCAUGGUGACCAACGAUUUGCGACCCGCAGAGUUCAUUCAAGGCAUCUAUAUAUGGGUAAAGUCAAAUUCCUGCGGUUGGAUUUUCACAGAGAUUCUCAAAUUGAAGUCGACAACAAUAGAUGUAUUCGCAACCAAAUUGUUCCCAAUCGCUGUUCAUGCAGGUGACGUUGAUAUGGUUCGUAAACUCCUUUCGAGGAACGUUGAUAUCGAAACCCCGAUUGGAAACUCAGGGAAGGGAGAGCAUUUUCGUACUGCGCUAUCACUUGCUGUCGGAGGAGGGAACAUGCAAAUGGUCAAAGUCCUUUGCGAAUUAGGGGCAAUCCCCGCAGUUCUUGAAAUCGAUAGCAUGGUGGUAAAGGAUACCCAUGCGUCUCUAUGGUCUCCCGAAAACACUGGGAUGCUCCGUUUACUCUUAGACUAUGGUGCAGCUCCGGAGUGCUUAAUACUAGAUGGGCCACGCGGCUAUCCUCUUGUGAAAGCUGCAUCUGAAGGCAGUGUGGAAGCGGUUUCUUUACUUUUAGCGCUCGGGGCAAAUGUCAACUCCAGUAUCCCUAGACGAUGGGGCACUGCGUUGCAAGCUUCCGUUGCAGGCGGUCAUAUACAAGUCGUAAGAGCUUUGCUCAAGGCGGAAGCGGACGUCAAUAUGAUAGAUAUGGUCGUCAAUAACGAUAAUAGGUUUACCUUUCUAUAUGGACCGUGUGAUGCUCAGCAAACCCCAAUACAACUCGCGGCAAAGACCAACAACACUGAGAUGGUGCUACUACUGUUGCGUAGUGGGGCAUUGGUUAACCUUUGUCCCAUAUUACCUGUUGUCCAUGUUGCAUGGAUAGACACCCUGUUCUCUCGCUAUGAGGUUGAUAGAUCGUCGGAAGGAACAUUGCCGCUUGCAUUUGCUAUCCAGUAUGCAGCGCAGAAUGAAAAUGUUCCACUUGUACAUCAGCUCCUCGCUGCAGGCGCCAUGGUGGACUCGAGAAUUGGAAUCGAUUAUGGCAGUAUGCCUCUUCAAAUAGCGGCGAGGCUAGGAAAUAUGGAAUUAAUAUCUCUCUUUUUGGCCUAUGAUGCUGAUGUGAAUGCUCCACCUGAAAAAUACAAUGGUCGGACAGCAAUACAGGCGGCAGCAGAAAAUGGAAACAUUGAGGUUAUACAGAUGCUGCUCGAUUCUCAUGCCAACGUACACGCGUUACCAGGCCGGAGAAGAGGCCGAACGGCACUUCAAGCUGCUCUAGAGAAAGGCAACAUCAACGCAGCAAGACAUCUCCUGCUUUCUGGUGCAGAUAUUAACUCCAAGCCAGCCUCGAGUUAUGGGCUGACCGCAUUGCAGGCAGCUGUAUCAUUUGGGGACAUUGAAAUCGUCACAGAACUUUUGAGCUAUGGAGCCGAUGCCAAUGCUGAAGCGGGGCCUAAAUGGGGUUUAACCGCCUUACAAGCAGCAGUGAGAAAGAGGAGUAUUGAUCUGCUUGGCUUGCUCCUCGGAGCAGGAGCCGAUGUAAACGCAUUGUCUUCAAACUUCGGAAACAUGACCGCCUUGCAGUUUGCAGUAUCCAUUGACUGGCUGGAGGGUGUAAAGCUCUUACUGAACUACAAACCAGAUGUCCGCAUGAUUCCUCCUUUUUACCAAGAGAAUUAUAAGGCGUUCUCAGCCCUGGGUUGGGCUAUCCAGAAUUUCAACCUUGAUAUGAUAGCUCUCUUGUUUGAUCACGGUGCUGGUCCCAAUGACCCAGUCAGUAUUAGUCCAGAUGAACCCCCCACGGCUUUUCUUUAUGCGCUCAGCCAUUCCAAGCGUCUCUAUUUGCCUGAAAUAAUUGAGCUCUUCGUGAAAAAUGGCGCCGAUAUAUGCCAAUGUUGGGGCUCUAAAUCAAGCCUCGAAGUUGUGAUUGCGGUAUCCCCCGCGAACGUUGAAGUAAUACGAAUCAUAAUUGUUGGUUUAGCUAUAAUCCGUAUCACGAAGCAUAGAUUAGGGAGCAAGGGCGGUCCAACUGCCCUACGUGGUGAGCCUGCUUAUAAGCACAAAUAUUCAAUAUAA